AUGGCAACCCGCCGCAUCAUCAGCACCGAAAAGACCAUCCUCGAAAAAGACGACCAGCCCGAAAAGUCAAACAUAUCCCCCGCCGUCCCCAAGGAUGUCAUUUUCAAGCUUCUCGGUUUCACAUUCGCCAUGAUCGUCGUCCCCAUAGGCUCGUACUUUCUGACCGUCCACACCGUUUUCAAAGGUUCGUCGUUCCUCUUCACGAGUGCCGCCAGCCUUCAGUGCUUUUACUCACGCCUUCGAGCAGGAAACUCUUCCCUUGCAGGAGGCCUGGCCGCUCUUCUGGCCAACGUGGUGCUUAUAAGCUACAUUAUUGUGGCAAUGAAGGAGGAUGAUUCGGCGACACUGGGAGAGAGUGUCAAGAAACCAGAGACAAAAAAAGACCAAUGA